UAAGAAAAUUUUCAGUUUGCGAGACGUCGGUUGAGAAUGUGGCGUAGACGAAAAGUUGGAUGCAAAUCCGUACAAGGAUUGGAUGAAUUAAGAAAACGGAGAAGGGAAUAUGAAACAGCUCUAAGGAAGGCAAGGCGAGAGCAGCAGCUGAUCAGUAAACGGCUAUUGCGUGAUGAACCUGACGACGAUGAGCACUUUCAGGAUCUUCAGUGUCUGUCUGAAGAUCAGAUUGACCAUAUCAUCAAAGAUCUCAGACAUGGACCAGCAGAGAGGCUAGAGUCUCUUAUCACUCUUCGACGAUACCUUCAGAGUAAUGAUGUGCGGCUUAUGUUUAUCAGGGUAGAGGGCAGCAUGCAGGUUCUGAUAGGACUGUUCACCUGCUCCUUUGCUGAAGUUCAGAUGGAAGCUGCUAGGUGUUUGCAUGAACUCUCCCAAUCCGAUGAUCCAUCGGUCUCAAAAGCAUGCCUGCCGGCAACCUCAUACCUCCUAACCUAUCUAUCUGGAAAUAAUCCAGAUUUUACGGAGCUAUGCUUGUAUACGUUGGGUAAUAUUAUAGUAGAAGGCGACGCAACAAGAAACCAGCUGCUCUUACAAGGACUGAUCCCUGCCCUAUCACUAUGCGCUCAGUCCCCUCACACGGCUGUAUUGGAAGCCCUUGGCUAUGCUCUGUCUCAGCUGCUGCAAUCAAAAGAAGCUUCUGAAAAAAUAAUUCCACUUGUUCUCGAAUCUGGUCUGGUUCAAGAGAUAUUCAGACUUCUGCGUCUGGAUUCUGAAGAGCGCGUUGGUGCAGCAGUUGAGUUUGCAUGGUGUCUUCACUACAUUGUUUGCAGCCAGGUGAACAAUACACUCUUAAUUUCACAAGGCAUCGUGCCCAAACUUUCACUCCUUCUGUCUGAUCUCUCAGCGAUUGUUUCUAAAAGUACAGCUUUGGAUAUGGAACUGCUUAUUUGCCCUUUGGUUCGUUGUGUGGGAAACCUGCUGGCAGAAGUUGACUCAAUGGGCAACAGACUUCAGAUUCAUGAUGGCCGCUUGCUGGCGGCAUUGUUUGUGUUUAUGAGGCGGUACCGAGCAGAGCACCCCUUCUUGCUACCUGAAUGUCUGUGGGCUCUGAACAAUCUAACAGCGGAGGAUCCUGUUGUGUCUUCUGCGGUGCUUCAUUAUAACCUGCUGCCUGCGUUGCUAGAACUUCUAUUCCAUUCUACAGAGGUCACUCUGCUGGUUCUAACCGUUCUGUGCAAUAUAGCAGACUUGGGGCCUGCUUACAGUCAACAUCUCAGGCAAAAAAAUAUCCUUCCUUGUGUGGUUAGAGCACUUGGAGGAACAGAUGUGCGGGUGACCCACAGAAGCCUGGAAAUCAUGGUCAUCCUCUUUAAAAACUGUCCUGAUAUUGUAGAAGAAUUCAUCAGUCUCUUUGGUGUGCAAAUUCUUGAGCCCUAUAAAGACCAUCUUGAACUUCAGCAGCAAGUACAAACCAUCUGGAACCGGUGUCAGUCUUAGGUAAAAGACACUGAAUAUCCAGCUACGGAAUGAAUCGGCAUGGUGCGGCUGACUAAGCUAAUUAAGGACCUUACUUUUUUAUUGUUUUUAAAGAUAAAUGUUUAUUUU